GUAUUCCAGUGCAGUUCUAAAUCUCUCGGACUGAAGAAUUUCACUGCCUGAAACAGGAAAACUAUUUAUACAGGUUAAGCGUCUAAUUGCGAAAUAAGCUUGACCGCAGUAAUACCGUCGUAACUGAAUAAGGUCUCGCAAAGCAUGCUGACGCCAAAAAGUUCAAACACAGUCUUCUCAACAAACAGAACGUCACAUACAGUUGCCGUGCCUAUUGGGAAUCUGAUUCUACGACCAGCUUACACCUACCCGGAGCAUAGAGAUGGAGACCGACAAUGAAACAGAAUAUUAUUAUUACUAUGAAGAGGCGAUUGAUCUGGAAGCGCCACACAUCCUCUCCAUUGUGCUUUACUCGAUUGCCUUCAUUCUGGGCACGUCAGGAAAUGGCCUGGUCAUCUGGAUUACCGGUUUCAAAAUGAAGACGUCUGUCAACACCAUUUGGUUUCUAAACCUGGCCAUGGCUGAUUUCAUCUUCACCUUAUUCCUGCCUCUCAGCAUUGCCUACACCGCCAUGGGCUUCGUCUGGCCCUUUGGCUGGUUUCUGUGCAAACUCAACUCCUUCAUAAUGGUCCUGACUAUGUACAGUAGUGUCCUCAUCCUGACAGCCAUCAGCAUUGACCGCUCCCUCUCAGUAGUGGCUGCCGUUUGGGCGCACAACCACCGCUCGCCCAAGAAGGCUUGGUUCACUUGUCUGAUACUAUGGGCAUUGGCUGGGGUAUUUAGCUCUCCGUAUUUGAAGUACCGGGAUGUGGUAAAAAUCAAUGAAACAAUACAAAGGUGUUCCUACGACUUUGGUAAUGGUUACUUAGACAUGCCUGCAGACACAUAUAAGGCUCUGACCAUUACACGUUUCCUGUUUGGUUUCCUGCUUCCCGUAAUCGUCAUCAUCUCUUGCUACACUGCCAUCGGUUACAGAUACAGCACCAUCCAUCGCAAGAGAUCCUUCAAACCCUUCAGGGUGAUUACUGCAGUCAUUGUGACCUUUUUCAUCUGUUGGAUUCCCUUCCACAUCUUCCAGAUACUGGAGCUAAAAGCGCUGGAUGAUCAUUCUUCCUUUUCUAAGGUGGUAAGCAUUGGGGUCCCGGUUGCCACCAACAUUGCUUUCUUCAAGAGCUGUCUCAAUCCCAUCCUUUAUGUUUGCAUGUGCCAGGACUUUAAGGAAAAGUCCUUCCUUAAGGUGUUUGAGAGCGCCUUUAUUGAAGAGACAACACUGUACCAUCUGAGCAGCCAUCAAUCCACUGUCCAAAUGGAGUCUUCAUUUGGGUUGCAGAAGAUUGAAGGGACCAACCCUGAACCAAAGUGAAUCUGUGGUAGCAACACAAUCCAUAUACAUAUAUAUAUAUAUAUAUAUAUAUAUAUAUAUAUAUAUAUAUAUAUAUAUAUACCCACACACACACACAGACAUAUAUUUGCACACAAGGAUAUGGUAUAAAGAGAAGGCUUUGGGAGUGCAUUUGAGAAGCACUGAGAUCCUCCAUGAACACACGCCAGUGUUGUGUCCGAUGCUUCUUCCAGAGAUUGCUAACUAAUAUCAUUGCUUCAUUUCUGUUAAUAACUACUGGCCUCAUUAUUGUGUAUAAUGAUAAUGAUUAUGCUGUAAAACUGUAACUUUUGAUUAUUGGGCUCAAUAAAAAAAUAACUUUAAAUUCUGCU